CCGGAUGUGACGAAUACGGAAGUUAUUCGCUGCCUGACUGGCAGAUAUCACAGUUGUUUUUGUCCGUAUAACUUUUUUGUUGUCUUCUUUGACAUGUAUGACAUUGUUGGACAUUGUUAAACUUUCUCGGAGCACGCAGAUCGUGACGCUCUGCCGUGCCGUCAUGUUAUGGCAUCGUUUGUGCUGUUUUGACGCAAAGCCUGCUGGGUAAUAUGCUAAGGCGCUAACCACAACGUGCGUUGGUCGAACGAACUCGAAAUGAUGACAAAGUGCACCUGAAGCGGUCAUGUCGUUGUGCGAGCAGAGGGACAGGAUCCAGCAGCAGGUGGAACUUCUGCAACGCCGUUUGUGUGCCAGCAACAGCGAACUGCAGCAACUCAGCAGCGACUCAGAUGACGAGUCCGGCGAAGACACGGACCUGGAGGCGGCGCCGUCCGUUGCAGGUCUGCUGGCUAGCAGGCAAAAGAUCGAGACAGAGAUCCAGAACCUGGAGAACAUUCUGGGACCGCACAGCCCCGUCAGUGUGUCAGAUGGUGACGACGACGACGACGACGACGACGGCGGCAACAGCAGCGGUGAAAGUGAGCUGGGUCUGUCCACCACCGUGGACUCGUGUCUUCAGAUGAACCUGGUGUACCAGCAGAUCCUUCAAGAAAAGCUCAAGCAGCUGGAGACUCUUCUGGCGCACAACCAGCGACAACAGAAGGAGGCAGUGGCUCAGCUGUCCGGGCCAAUCAGAGAAGCUUCCAAAGAAGAGCCCGCCUCCUCGUCGGCGUACCCGAAGCACGGCGCCUUGUUCCUGGGCCACUUCUUGAAGCCGUACUUCAAGAGCAAAGUCACAGGCCUGGGUCCUCCGGCCAAUCAGGAUGCGAAGGAGAAGAUGAUGAAGAUGAAGGGUUGCCUGGACAACAGCAAGAUGAAAGUCAAGCGAUGGGAGAGCUGGCAGAAAACCUUGCUGAUCAACUCCGUUUCCAAAGACGGUCUGAGGAGACUCCUCCAACCCAAGCUGUCCAGGUUGGACUACUUGACUCAGAAGUUGUCUUCAUCGGACAAGUCCGAAGACGAGAAGCGGCAGCUCAAAGCUCACGUUGAAAAUCUGGAGAAAGACAUUGAAUCCAUCAAAUUGAAGAAGGAGGAGGAGCUUGUCGGGGACCAGAACGAGUACCACGACUGGCACAAGAUCGCCAACAUUGACUUUGAAGGCUUGCGCCAGGCGGACGACCUUCGCCUCUUCUGGCAGAACUUUCUGCAUCCCUCCAUCAACAAGAACCGCUGGAGCGCUGAAGAGGUUCAGAAGCUUAAGGAGGUCAGCGCCAGAAACCAAGAGAGCAACUGGGACCUCAUCGCUAAGGAGUUACAGACGGGCCGCACCGCUUUCAUGUGCCUGCAGACGUUCCAGAGGUUCAUCUCGUCCUCUCUCAAGCGCGGGGCCUGGACCCCCGCCGAGGACCAAAAGCUCACGCAGAUGGUUGAGAAGAUGCGGAUCGGGAACUUCAUACCGUACACGCAGAUCUGCUACUUCAUGGAGGGUCGAGACACGCCGCAGCUCAUCUACCGAUGGAGUUCAGUUCUAGACCCCCAGCUGAAGAAAGGAACCUGGUCCACAGAGGAGGACCAGCUGCUGCUGAGAGCGGUCGCACGUCACGGGGAGAAGAGGUGGUGGAAGAUCCGCUCGGAGGUCCCCGGCCGCACCGACGGAGCCUGCAGGGACCGAUACUUGGACUGCCUGAAGGAAGGAACCAGGAGAGGAGCCUUUGACUUGGAUGAGCAGCAACUCCUCCUCCGGCUGCUGGACAAACAUGGCGCCGGUCGCUGGGCGAAGAUCGCGGCAGAAAUUCCACACCGCAACGAUGCUCAAUGUCUCAGAGAAUGGAAAAAAAUGAUGAGACGCGCAAAAGAGCCUUUGAAGACAAGACGACGAAUACCAAAGACCUCCCAGGAAACCAAGACCAUGAAGAAUGAGAAAACCAAGUUGAGGGCAAGCAUUAGGAGCCGUCUGCAGAGAAUCAAAGAGCAGGAGGACAGCAGCCAGGAAGACGAGGAUGAGGUCAAGUACAUGGACACUGGGGGCGAAGACGAGGAAACGGAAGAGAGUUCAAUGGACAGCAAGUGUGAGGAAGACGAGGCGGAUGAUGCAGAGGAGGACAACGAUUACUACCUGGUCCCACCCAUGCACCAGUGGAUUCCGCAGGAGGAAAGUCCAGAGUCCAGUUUCCACCGUGCAACGCUGGUGACGCUGGAGCCGGCAUCCGCCGACCCCCCGUCGGGCCCGGCGGCCGUCCGCUCCACGGUGGUGGCCGAGUUCGGCCGCUCGGUGGUGGUGGGCCCGCCGCCCCGGCGGCUGAGCUGGGAGGAGCGCCACGCGGGCGGCGCCAUGCUGAUGAUGUCCCAGGAGCAGCUGCACUCGCACCUGUCUCACCAGGCCAACAAGUACAACAAGCUCCGCCCCCGCCGCCACCCCCCCAAGAAGGGCCACGUGACGGUCACAGAGAUGGACUACAUGCUGCAAGCCGCCGUGUUACCUUGGGUGGGGAAUGUGCUCGUGCCCAGCCCAGCCACCCCCACGCUGGCCGACGCCCUCGGGGACAAGACGACGCUGAGCUCCACCCCUGUCUUCAGGCUCCUCCUCCGCGCCAUGACGGUGGAUGUCUCUGGCUGCAAAGACGUCAUCGUCAGGCGGGGCUGCGACAAGCUGACCCCACCCCCGUGGAGACCCCUCCUACCGCGCCCGCCACCGCCAAAGCCCGAAUUGACACCCGCCUUACCACCCCCACGCCACAAGAACCCCAAGACGGUGGCGGCCAUGUUGUACACCAACCGGGCCCGCCCCCCGGGGGUGAUGCAACGAGCUCCCCCCGCUGGCUUCCUCCCACACGGCCCUCCUUCAAUCUGCCUCGUGGCCACGCCCCCUUUGUUGCCCAAGGCACCUCUACCUCUGCGUCCUUUUCAAGUCCAACCACAGACGUGGUGCCGCCUCCCGUUUAUCCUCCCCUGCGCUCCUCCCAGGCCCCCUCCACCCUCCGUCUGGCUGCUAACCACGCCCCCUCUUUCUGGAGGCCUCUCUGGCCCCGCCCACCCGUCCUUGCCCACGUCCCCUCUUUCUGUGCACCUCGUGUCCCCACCCCUCCUCGCUGGCCCUGUACGCCCAUCCUUGACCACAACCGCUCUAGCUCCGCCCCCUCUCGACUGCUCUUCUGCGGCGCCCGCCUCGGCCCCGUCCGGCUCCGUCACUCGUGACCACGACUACAGCGGUCCUGCCCCCAAGCCGCCGCCCGCGAGGAGGAAGCGGGGGUGCGAGGAAGAUUCUGGGGGCAGAACUCACACCAAUGUGGGGAAGCGAAUCAGGAAGUCGAGUCAGAAGGCCCAGGCUUUGACCCGUGAGAGGAGGAGACAGGGUUGUCGUAAAUCCCAGCCCAAAAAGGGUGGCGCCGCACAAGUGACUUCCCCCCCCCGGGCGCACGUGCCGUCUUCAUUGGCCGCUUCCGGUGGGCUCGUUCAACUGCUGCAAGCUCUGCCUCCGGUGCCCCGCGGGCUCAGGCCCCUCCCCCCCGCAGGCGGGGCGGGCCUGAACAUUGACCCCUCCCUGGUGUUCUCGGGGUCGCCUGUGACGGUCGCAGAUUGGCUGGUCGGCCGUGGAGGCGUGGCCGUGCCGGAAUCGGGCGUGUCCCUGCCGUACCUGCCGCCGUGCAGCAGCAGCCUGAACGCGCUCGCUGCCGUCCUUGCUGACAAAACGAAGAACGCUAGUGCCGCCAGGCAACUUGUACAGCGCGCCACACAGGCCACGCCCUCUUGCCUGCCUGAAGACAGCGCUGACGAAACAAUGUGUUUGUUGCGAAGUUUGGUGAGGGAGCGUUUGGGAUCCAAUCCGGCGUUCCGGCUGCUGAAGGCUCGCUUCCUGUCAGUGUUCGCCCUCCCCGCCCUCCUCGCCACCCUGAGGCCCGUCGCCACGUUGACGUCGUCACGCGCACCUGAAGUCGAGAAGAAAGUGAAGAACGCCAAACAAAGGACACAAAAGCACAACGGAUGGAGAACGUUUUCAUGCGAUGGCUCGGGAUCUCCAGCCAAUCACUUCUCAGGAAUCAGCGCCACUGGCCCUGCCCUCCCUGCCCAGCCCCGCCCCAGUGAGGCUGUCAGCAACCAAUGAGAAGCUUUGAUUUGUUUUUAUUUGACUGUUCCUUGUUCAUGUCGUAUACCUGAACGCAUCGCAACGGUGAGUUCAGGAACCUUCGUCUGAGAUGUUUUGCAAUAAAGUUUUUUUUUUUUUUUUUUAAAUAAAGUUCAACAUCAGCUGAAAGGUUUUUAAAAGCUUGUUUUUUGUUUGUCGUGUGAUGCGUGGGUGGAGUUUGGUAGGCGGCGGCGGCGGCGGUGUGCCGCAAACCAACACAAACCUAACAUUUGCGCUAUUUGCGGACACACCGGGAAUCCCAAAGAGGUUUUCGCCAGCAGCCCGCGCCGCCAUCGUUUGGGAAGUUUCAUCAUUGGAAGGAAGAUGAAGAAGAAAGCGGAACAGGCGUCCCGGCAUUUGUUGAGGAUUCCUGGAAUGGUCCCGGAAUGCCCGCUUGCCUUCAGAAUUUGUAUAUUUUUUCCCAGGUGGUGUGCAGACUUGACAGAGGAGCAGCUGCCGUGUGGUCACGUGGCGGGCUAAAACAAAGACAAUGCGCUACCAAAACAUGGGGGGGAAAAAGGGUUCUUUUUGCUGCUUUGGAUUGUUCCUCGUGCUUUAUUUCUUAAAAAACAACACUGUCCAAAUAAGAGAGAGUCAAAAAUACACUUCCGGUGGGAAUGUUCGUGUGAAGGAACGAAGCGGAAGUGCUGGCGUUAUUGCGGUCGGGAAGCAGCACGAGCGGCUCAGCUGUUUUCAACGAGGAAUAAAAACAAACUUUGGAGUGUU